AUGGCCUCUCAGCUUCACUUAGCCAUGGCCUCUCAGCUUCUCCUAGUCAUGGCCUCAGCCCACUCCCACGACCUCUCAUCUCCACUUAGUCAUGGCCUCUCAGCUCCGCUUAAUGACCUCUCAGCUCGACUUAGUCAUGGCCUCUCAGCUUCACUUAGUCAUGGCCUCUCAGCUCCACUUAAUGACCUCUCAUCUCCACUUAGUUAUGCCCUCUCAGCUUCACUUAGUCAUGCCCUUUCAGCUUCACUUAGUCAUGGCCUCUCAGCUCCACUUAAUGACCUCUCAUCUCCACUUAGUCAUGCCCUCUCAGCUUCACUUAAUGACCUCUCAGCUCGACUUAGUCAUGGCCUCUCAGCUUCACUUAGUCAUGGCCUCUCAGCUCCACUUAAUGACCUCUCAUCUCCACUUAGUCAUGCCCUCUCAGCUUCACUUAGUCAUGCCCUUUCAGCUUCACUUAGUCAUGCCCUUUCAGCUUCACUUAGUCAUGGCCUCUCAGCUCCACUUAAUGACCUCUCAUCUCCACUUAGUCAUGCCCUCUCAGCUUCACUUAAUGACCUCUCAGCUCGACUUAGUCAUGGCCUCUCAGCUUCACUUAUUCAUGGCCUCUCAGCUCCACUUAAUGACCUCUCAUCUCCACUUAGUCAUGCCCUCUCAGCUUCACUUA